AUGAAUGUUGUAGCUGCAAGUCAUUACGCUGAACUGGCUGGAGCUAGUAAUAGAGCUGAAGUAGUUGGUGAUAGAGCUGAAGCAGUCGAGUUAGGUGAUAAUACAGCUGCAAGUGGUUUUGAUGCAGAAGUUGGAAAGAUAGUUACAGGAUCUGGUCAAAGAGCUCAAGGUUGUGAUACGAGAAUCGAAGUACUUGACCAUCAACUGGAAGUGAUUUUGAAUUAUGUGGACCAUCUUCACCUUCAUUGUCAAUUCCCAGCAGGGAUGCUAAAUCCCUAUAUUAUCAUCCUCGAGGCACAAUCAGGGGAGCCGUUGUGA